AUGGCUUCCGGUGCCGGCGACGGCGCGUCCCUUGCGAAGGCCGGUGUGAACGACGCCACGUCGCCAGUAAAGAAGAACGAACCCGUCCCGUUCGCCUGGAAAGACUUGCCACCUGCGGACGUCUGCAUGCCCGUCUUGGGCGUCGCCGACGAGCUCUGGCCAGAGCUGUCUCGCAGCACGGCGGCGGCCAAGGGGAAGGGGAAGGGGAAAUCGCCAUCGUCUUCUUCCACCGCUCUAGAUGCUCCUAUAACCGCGGCUCCUCUCCUUGAACAGGGAUCAAUCAGUUCACAAAGCCCCGGCGCCUCGACUCGCCGUCACGGCGAUCGCGCCGGCUCGGCUGCUGCCGUGGUACCUUCGCCCAUGCACGGGCCGAACUACAGCAGGGAGAGGCGUGCUGAUGCCCCGGAGCAGCCGCCGAGCCACCGGAGCAUCAACAACGAACGUGCUCGAGGCCACCAUCAGCAGAACGGUCGCUUCGUGCCGCACCCCCACGGCCGUGGCGGCGGCGAAGGCUACAACAGAGGAGGAGGAAGCAGGAGGCCGCCGGUCGGCAGUGGUGCCAAUGGCAGAGGCGACAUCAACGUCAAUGGCAACGCCUACCGCAACAGAGGCGGCGGCGGCUGGCAAAGGCACGAGCACCGCGGAGGGUUCAACGGGCAGCCACGCGGGAGGGGCUACGUGGACGAUCACCGUGGACCGGGGCAUAGGCCGCUGGGUCCUCCAAUGGGCUACAUCGAUGCACCGCACCACAUGCAUCCGGCGCCGCCGUUCAUGGGCAUGGUUCCUCCACCGAUGCCAUACCCCUACUACUAUGGCAUGCCGUAUGGAUAUCCUGGGUACUUUGCUCCACCCCUACAAGGAUCCCUACCGCCAUGCAUGCAGUAUGGACAGAUCCACGUAAUGCAACCACAGACCCACGCAAUGCAACCAAAUUUGGCGCAGCAAGCAGGCCCCUCGCAAACGGAGCCGCAGCAACAGCAACCAGUUCAGGGGCAGCAAACUCCUCCAAAUCAGGAAAAUCAGCAGACUCCAGAGCAGCUGCGACAAGUGAUCCGCAAACAAAUAGAAUAUUAUUUCAGUACUGAAAACUUGGACGAGGACAUUUACUUGAGGGCUCAAAUGGAUGAGCAGGGUUGGGUACCAUUGACGCUUAUCGCCGGCUUUAAGAAAGUUUGUUCUACAACUACUGAUAUGGAAUUAAUAUUGGAUUCUAUCCUACCUUCAACUGAGGUUGACAUACUGAUAUCAGAUCAACUUGAAUGCUUCUAA